ACGUUUUAGGCGGCAUUAGUUAGCACAAUAGAUUGAAACCAAUAAUAUAAAUACCAUGUUUUCAAUGAAGUCCGAAAAUGAAAUUGAGUUACUGAAAGCUCGCUAUCUGACAGGUUGCAGGACAUCGAUAGUCAUACGAUUUGUUAAAGUUGCUACAGCUUUGAUUGUCCUUGCAUUCUUACUGGGAAGUGUAAUGCAGUUCAUAUCACAUAAUAAUGAAAGAAUGUUGAGGUAUGAAAAAGAUAUUCAAUUACUGAGAGCAUCAAUUAAAGACAGAGAUGUAGCUCAACAUAGCAGAAUAAAGCGUGAAAUUGCUGAUUCUCUUAAAUCACAUAUGGCAUCGCACGUAAUUACGAAGAGAUCAAACAGAAAUUCCUCAAAUGGAGAAGAAGAAUACCUAGAACGCAAAAUUGCUGGAGGAAUAACUUAUUUGAGAUGGGGAAGAAGAGAUUGCGCAAAUCACGGGAUCACAAGAUUUGUCUAUUCUGGAUAUAUGGCAGCAAGUCAUUACAGUCAUACUGGCAGUGGAGCAAACUACAUGUGUCUUCACCAUAAUGUUUCUUACACUCCGGGAAAAUACGUUGAGGGAUCUCAAGGAAGUUCCUACGUCUAUGGAGUCGAACUUCGAGACAGUGCUUGGGUGUAUCAAUUAUUUGAUUUGACGUCGACUGAAACAAAUUCAUUACAAUUCCAUUCUGUACCAUGUGCUAUGUGCAUGGCUGAAGCUAGAGUAUCCAAGAUGAUGAUUCCUGGGAGAGACGAUUGUCCCAAAGGUUGGCACAGAGAAUAUGCGGGAUAUAUAAUGUCUAGCGGUCACAAUGACAAGCACUCGACUAAAUUCAUUUGUGUGGACGAAAGACCUCAAAUCGUUCCAGGCACGAUAGGAAAUCAGGGGGGAGGAUCUCUGCAGAUGGUUGAAGUUCAGUGUCCUUCACUACUUUGUGAACCCUUUGUAGUAGGCAGAGAGUUGAGAUGUGUUGUCUGUACACUAUGAUAUUGUUUUAACAAAAUAAAUAUAAAAAGGAAUACAAGAUUUCAUCGGCAAUGUCCAAGCUUUAUGUACUUUUGUUGUACUUAUCUCGUGAAUAGAAGGGAGCAGAUGACGAUAUAAAAUGACUAAUCUUGUAUAUAUAUCUCUAUAUCUAUUAUCACUGCAGUCAUAUUCCAGAAAUUUGCACAUGAUAGCGUAACAACUUGGUGUUCAAGUUUUUUCAUCGUUUCACAAACUAACAAUCAUAGGCAAAUCUGGCGUGAAAAAAUUGGCCAGAGUAUUAUCAUAAAAAAUCUUUUUUUUUUCAGCUUUUUUUAUUCAAUUUCUCAAAAAGCUGUCACUUUAUAAUUUAAUUUUAGGCAAACAGUUAGUGUGAAGUAGUGGUUAAUAUAUAGACCGGUGGUUCCUACCCUGGAUCCCAAGGCCCCCCAGGGCAGUUGUAUGAGGAAGGGGGGUUGGCGCUAAGUUUAUUUUAAUGUAAUUUUGUUUGCAUACUUUUCCUUAUAUAAAAAAAAAUUCCUUGUUCUUUGUGACGGUUUCAUGAACUGAUAAAGUUAUCACAGAGUGUUUUCACUUUUUUGUGCAUGGAUUCUUGUUCAUGGGUGAGACUCAAUGUACAUUAUUGCUUUUCAAACCAUUUAUCAAAUGUUGCAAAUGAAUAAUGGAAUAAACUGUUAUAUGAAUGAAUA